CGACCCGUUUACUGAAGUCGCUAUUACACUGGAAGAGUCUGAGCAGUGAAGAGUGAAGGAUGCUGAGGUUUUAUGUACUCCUGGUUCCUCUCUGUAAAGCAUACGGGGACGUUCUCUACGCCGACUUUGGAGACAAUGUUACUCUGCAUUGCUUCUACACCUCCAGUGCCUCCCAUCUGAACUGGUACAAGCAGAUGCCAGGAGAACCGCCGCAGAUCAUAUCCACUUUUUACAAACAUCUUCCCAGCUCCAACACCUUACACAGGCAAUUUAAGGACAAUAAGCGACUUUCAGUUUACACCAAGGAAGGGCUCUAUGAUCUGAAGAUCUCCGAUAUCCGAGACUCUGAUUCUGCUCUGUACUACUGUGGGUACACCAGCAUCUCCAUCACCGAGUUUGACAACGGAACAUUUUUAUUGCUAAAAAAUUCCAGCUGCAAGACGUUCCUCCACCAGCCAGACUCCGUCUCUGCCCAACCAGGAGGCUCUGUGACUCUGAACUGCACCAUGCUGACCGGAACUGUUAACGGAGACCACAGCGUUUACUGGUUCAGGAAGAACUCGGAGGGAUCCGAUCUGGGAACGCUGUACACAACGACACAGAGUGGUGGUCCGUGUGCGCGGAGCCCAGAGGACGGUCCUGCUGUCCACAGCUGCGUGUACAGCUUACCAAAGAGGAACGUGACCGUGUCUGAUGCCGGGACGUACCACUGCGCUGUGGCUUCAUGCGGACGGAUUCUAUUCGGACCAGGAACAAGACUGAAUGUGGGAGAGAAACAGGUUGACCCUGCGUUGAUGCAUGGAGGUGCUGCGUCCCUGGCUGCGUCUCUGAUCUUUAACAUCAUCCUGAUGUUUAUUGUUUGUCGAAAUUUCAGAAGAAAAAUCAAUCAUUCAGAAGGAUCACAUCAAGAGCCAGGAAAUGCUGCUGACACUCAGGACGAAGACUUAACGGUGGUUCAGUAUGCAGCCCUGGAUUUCAAACUGAAGUCGGACGCAAAGAACAGACAGAAGAACCGAGAGGAGGAACCGGUUUACUCCAGAGUCAGACAGUCCAACCAGAAGUGACUGAAUGUUUUAAACCGCACAGGCACUGCUGCUCUUUGCUUUCUGAGAUCUGUGCAGAGGCAAAUGAGGAAAACAUGCAGAUUCUGAUACAUUUGAACUGGAGAUGCGUCAAUCAUAAUGUGGUUGGUUUUCUAAGCUCUGGUUUUUGUAAAAUUUUGACCUGUUGAUGCUAACUCAGGUAUCUCUGAAGCAUGGAUUGAGCUUUUUAUGGAGUCAGUACUGAACGCAGUCGGGCAGAGGGCUGCAGGUUUUACAUUUUUUUUAGCUUUAGUCAAGCUAGUUGAAACUUGACUAAAACUGCCAAUGUUAUGUAACCUUUUGGAAAAACACAACUUGUAAUUUUUAUGGAAAUUAUCAAAAGUAAAUUUUUCUUGUCAUUUUUAUAGAAUCACAACUUUC